CCGGGGGCCUGGCUCAGGAAACGCUACUACGCUCAGGUCAGAUACGAUGCAGGCAGCCAAAGUGUGAGCUUUCUUACACUGGCCCAUUGCUGACCUGAGCCCUGAUUUGGAGGGACCACCUUCUAUAAGGGUUCGCUUCUCAUAUAUGCGAAUGAAGUAUCUCUUCAUCUCUUGGCUAGUAGUAUUUAUUGGCAGCUGGAUUAUAUAUGUUCAGUACUCCACUUACACAGAGCUAUGCAGAGGUCAUGACUGUAAGAAAAUAAUAUGUGAUAAAUAUAAGACUGGAGUUAUUGAUGGAUCAGCAUGUAGUAGUCUUUGCGCUAAAGAAACACUGUAUUUUGGAAAAUGUUUGUCAACAAAACCCAAUAACCAGAUGUAUUUAGGAAUCUGGGGUAAUCUACAAGGUGUCAUAAAAUGCCAGAUGGAAGAAACUAUUCAUCUUGAUCUUGGAACUGAACUGGAACCAAGAAAAGAAAUAGUUCUGUUUGAUAAACCAACUAGAGGAACUACUGUUCAGAAAUUCAAAGAAAUGGUAUAUGGUCUUUUUAAACGAAAGUUGGGUGAACAGGGAAAUCUUUCUGAACUGGUUAAUCUCAUCCUGUCAGUUGCUGAUGGAAACAAAGAUGGUCGAGUUUCCUUACCAGAAGCAAAGUCAGCAUGGGCUCUUCUGCAGCUAAAUGAGUUUCUGCUUAUGGUGAUCCUCCAGGAUAAAGAACACACUCCAAAAUUGAUGGGGUUUUGUGGAGAUCUCUAUGUGAUGGAAAGAGUUGCAUAUACCUCUCUCUAUGGAAUAAGCCUUCCAUGGAUCUUAGAACUUUUCAUUCCCUCUAGUUUCAGAAGAAGCAUGGACCAGUGGUUUACUCCAUCAUGGCCUAGAAAGGCAAAAAUAGCUAUAGGGCUUUUAGAAUUUGUGGAAGACAUUUUCCAUGGACCUUAUGGGAAUUUUCUUAUGUGUGAUACCAGUGCCAAAAACUUGGGUUAUAAUGAUAAAUAUGACUUGAAAAUGGUGGACAUGAGAAAAAUUGUGCCAGAAAUUAAUUUGAAGGAAUUAUUUAAAAAUCGUCACUGUGAGUCUGACUUGGACUGUGUUUAUGGUACAGACUGUAGAACUCUAUGCGACCAAAGUAAAAUGAAAUGUACCACAGAAAUAAUUCAGCCCAACUUGGCAAAAGUAUGCCAGUUACUAAAAGACUAUCUGCUUCGCGGUGCUCCGUCAGAAAUACGCGAAGAGUUAGAGAAACAACUGUAUUCUUGUAUUGCCCUUAAAGUCACAGCAAACCAGAUGGAAAUGGAGCAUUCUUUAAUACUAAACAACUUAAAAACUUUAUUGUGGAAGAAAAUAUCCCAUACAAAUGAUUCUUAGUAUCUUUAACCACAGAAGAAAACAUUGUUGCCACUAUAGGAGAUUUACCACUUUUUAUCAAAUGCAUCUUUGGCAUUUUUAAAAUAUUUCUUCUUAGCUCAGAAUUCAUUAACUUUCCUAACUCUUACUCCAGCAAACACUGCUACUAUAGUGCUUCUCAGAGAGAAUGUGCCACUUAAUGAAUUGUCUGGCAGAAGUUACAAGAGCCUUGUGGUUAGAAUGCUCCAUCAUGGAAAUAAACCAUGUGCUUGCCCUCCCCUUGCACUUUGGCAGAAGACCCUAAACUGGGGUCUCCUGCUGUCAAUAUUCACUGUGCUACCAUAUUGACUAAUUUAAUUUUUUUUUAAUGCUGUGACUAGCAUCAUUCAUUUGUAAAUAUCCACUGAGAAUUAUUUUUUUCCAAGUAGUGUUACAAAUGCUUGCCAAAAGACCCACCGCUAUUAGAAAUAAUGUGCUUGAGUCCAAGAGACUCUUUUGAAUGAACUGAACAUUUUGAGGAUGAAGUUUACUAAUAACUUAACAUGGCAAAAUUUGCACAAUGGGAAAUUUUUAAAUUGCUAAACUCAGUGUGACAAUUAAAAUUUAUUCCAGAAAACUGGGUAUUUUAGUAUGAGAGAUUUUUAGUUAGAUUUUGUUUGCAUACACCUUUUUACCUCAUACUUACAUAUAUCUUGAAUGUUAAAACAUUAGCUGAAAGUUCUUAAUUAAAGGUCCUGGUACAACAUGCCAUGUUGGGAGCUAAGAAUUUAAAAUAUGUAUUAUAUAUUUAAAAAGUUGCAUAUACUAGAGCAACAAUAUACCAUUACACAAUGGGGAAACAGAGAAACUACAAAGCCUGAGUCUUGAAAGAUAUAAGGAAAGUUAAGCAGUAGCCAGUUUUGAAGCCAGGGAUUUUGUGGAUUAGGUGAUUCUAAAAGGGUGAGGAGUUAAAGAACUUUAAUAGUUUUGGUAGCUGCAGUGUGGUAGCCUUUAUAAUGGAGAUUCUCAUAGUAAAUGUUUAGAGUCCUUAGUUUGACUUAAGUGAAGUAUCUAACAAACUACAUUUCUAACACUGAUGUAGUCUAAAAGUUUGAUUUUGUAGCUAAGGCUGUGUGGCAAGAUCAGUCUUGCAUUUACUUUCUCCUGGUUUACUUUAACAAAUGUCUAAAUUAUAGCUAGGCCUAAGCCACAGGACAGAAUCUAGAUCCUGAUCUGGAUUUCCCUAAAUUUUGGAAGUGUUCAUUUAUGUAGUUUUUUGUUUCUAUUUGGGUCCAUCUUUACCCUCAGCACUAAAUCAAUAAUUAGUUUAUUACUGGAAAUAUUCUCCUUGGCAUGUUCUUGUUUAAAUUUUUGCAGGAUGCUAGGUUUAUUCUCUGCAGCUCUGAAGCAAUGAGUGAAUACUAGACUUGGAUCAUGAGGGAAAUAACUUGUGAUCUCAUCUUAACUCCCAUUUGUCCACAUUCUACACUGUUCUUGACUGCUCAAGAGUGGCUCAAGUCACAAAUGAGACUUUGCAGAACUC